AGACGGGUAGACUUCAGCGUCUGGACGCUGGAGUCCAGACUUCAGCAAGCAGUUGGGUGCUGAAACAGCGUGGGGAUGGACCAUCGGGGUGCGGCUGUUAAGGAGGGCCUGUCUGUGGGCGUCCGGGCGCUGGCGAUGGGGGUGAUGGGGACAGUGCUAGCCCUAGUGGCAGUGCUGCUGCUCCGGGCCGCCACUUUCCCAGGUCCGGAAGAGCUGCAACGCUGGGGGCGCCCAGGAGCAUCCAGGAUCCCUGCCCAGUUCAGCGAAGCAGAACUAACGGCAAUGAAAGAAGCGUUGAAAGAAGCAAUUCGGAUACCCACAGUGGCUUUCAGCUCUGAGAACAUCAACACCACAGCCCUGACUGAGUUUGGGGAACACCUUCGGAAAGUCUUCCCUUCCAUGUUCUCCACUAGCUUCAUCCAGCAUGAGAUUGUGGAAGAAUACAGCCACCUGUUCACCAUCCGUGGCUCAAAUCCCAAGUUGGAGCCCUACAUGCUCCUCUCUCACAUGGAUGUUGUACCUGCUUCUGACGAUGACUGGGAGGUGCCACCCUUCUCUGGGCUGGAGCGCGAUGGCUUCAUCUACGGCCGGGGCACACUGGACAACAAAAACUCUGCUAUGGCCAUCCUGCAGGCCAUGGAACUGCUGUUGAGAAGAAACUAUGUCCCUCAAAGAUCUUUCUACAUCUCCCUAGGACAUGAUGAGGAGGUAUCUGGGAAACAUGGAGCGCAGAAGGUUGCAGCCCUACUGAAGUCACGCGGUGUCCGGCUGUCCUUCAUCAUAGAUGAGGGAGGCUAUAUCAUGAAUGACUUUUUGGCUGGCAUCAAGAAACCUUUUGCAGUGAUUUCAGUGUCAGAGAAAGGUAGCAUGAACCUCAAGCUACAGGUGGACUCCACUCCAGGCCACUCAUCGAUCCCACUGAAGGAGACAAGCAUUGGCAUCCUUGCAGCAGCCAUCAGCCGGCUGGAGCAAACACCAAUGCCUAAUAUGUUUGGAUACGGGACUGAGAAGAGCAUGAUAGAGCAGCUUGCAGGACAGUUUGGCUUCCCACUGAAUAUCGUCUUUAGCAACCUGUGGAUAUUUGGACCCAUUGUGAGCAGAAUACUUGAGAAAAGUCGUGUCUCUAAUGCAAUGAUGCGAACCACUGUGGCUCUCACCAUGUUCAACGCUGGGAUCAAGGUGAAUGUCAUCCCUCCAACCGCCCAGGCAACAGUCAAUAUUCGGAUCCAUCCCAGCCAGACUGUCCCUGAGGUGCUAGACAUUAUCCAGAAUAUUGUGGCUGAUGACCGAGUCCAGUAUCACGUGCUCAAUGCCUUUAACCCUCUCCCCUUGAGCCCCUAUGACCAGGAAGCCUUUGGCUACCAGCUUCUCAGAAGGACCAUCAGAGAUGUCUUCCCAGAGGUCUCUGUCGUUGUCCCAGGAGUUUGUGUUGGCAACACUGAUGUCCGACACUACGCUAACAUCUCCACAGGCCUCUAUCGGUUUAACCCUGUAUCUCUCAGUCCAGAGAGCUUCAAGAGUGUUCAUGGCUUGAAUGAGAGGAUCUCCAUCCAAGCCUAUGAGACCCAGGUGAUGUUUCUGUUUGAACUGAUCCAGAAUGCAGAUAUCGAGAAGGUUCCUGAACCUCAUUCUGCUGUACAUGAGCUGUGAGAGGAUGGUGAUUACCUCCAACUACCUGCGCUGGGAGAUACUAAGCCCUCCUCUAAAGUGGACAGCCUCUGUGGGGAGAAAUGCACAUUAUUUUAUAGGAGACUUCUGGACUAAUCCAUGAAGCAGCACCCUGCCUGCCUUCCUGCCUCAACUGUCGACUUGUCCAUAAGCAGGGGUUCAGUGAUGGGGCGGGGGAAGGGCGAAUAUAAGCAGCUUUAGUCUAAUCCCCAAGAUCUCUUUGCUCACCCCCUACCAUCAUGGAGUAUGACUCUCCCAGGUCCCAUUGCUGACUUUCAGCCUGGGGCAUAAAGCUCGUAGUCAAUUUUUUUUCCUGGUGAAGACUUUCACUUGUAGGCCUUAUUACUUAACUCUCCAUACACAACUACUUCUAUUAUAUCCUUUCUUCUAUUGCUCUGACCCUAGGAUCCCUAGUUUCUGGCCCUCUCGUGUACUUUCCUCCCUCUCUUGUUUCCCUUUCUCCCUCCCUUUCCCUCUUCCUCUCCCCCUUGUUCUGGGAGGAACCCAAAUAUGAAACAGGCCAAACUAAAAUGAGAUGAAAUAAAAUGAUCAGUACCCAGCA